CCACAUGUUUUGUGUUUAGCACACUUUUCCUCCUGUUUAGUGCUCGUGGCGGUGUCACGGGUCCAGUUUUGCGCCGUGUUCCUUGUGCGGGUGUGUGUUUGGACUGUCAGCAGCUGACACUCUGAGCACAUCGCUCGUUUUUUCCCGGAAAAAGAAAAGAUCUGAAGUUUGAAGAGAGCCGAGGCCUCUGCGGCAUGGCGGCGCUGGAGCUGCUGGCUGGCAGCUACGAGCAGAUCGCCUUCGGGUACCGGGUAGACACUGGGGAUAAGGAGUGGACAGCCAAGCCAGACUUCACCCAUCACGCCCAUACGGCCUCCGUAUCCGCCAUCGCCGCCAGCGAAAGGUUUGUCGUCACCGGGAGCAAGGAUGAGACGAUUCAGGUGUACGACAUGAAGAAGAAGACCGAGCACGGCGCCCUGCUGCACCACGACGGCACCAUCUCUUGUCUUGAGUUUUAUAGCUCCUCUCACCUGCUGAGUGGAGGAGAGGAUGGACUCCUCUGUGUUUGGAGCACGAAGAAGUGGGAGUGUCUGAAAUCCAUCAGAGCUCACAAAGGUCACGUCACGUCGCUGUCUGUUCAUCCUUCUGGGAAACUGGCACUUUCAGUUGGGACUGAUAAAACUCUCAGGACGUGGAACCUCAUUACAGGAAGAUCCGCCUUCAUCAAGAAUAUCAAACAGAAUGCACACAUUGUCAGAUGGUCUCCAGAUGGAGACAAGUACGCCGUGGUGCUGGACGACACGUUGAACAUCUAUGACCUGGAGACGGCCUCCGUGUCGGGAACCAUCACAAACCCCAAGAGGAUCUCGUCCCUCAAGUUCCUGAAUAACUCCGUCUUGGCCGUGGCGGGAGACGACGAGGCUGUGAGGCUGUGCGACGUGGGGAGGAUGAAGUGGGUGUGUGAGUUCAAGGCUCACGAGACCAGAGUGAAAGCCGUGGACAGUUUGAUGAUGGACGAUCACUGCGUGUUGGUGACCGCUUCAAAUGACGGCUUCAUCAAAAUGUGGAAACUGCAUCUCAAAGAGGACCUGCAGGAGGCGGAGCAGCUGGACAGCCCCACCCUCCUGGGGGAAGUGAACACGGACGCUCGCCUGAUGUGCCUGGCUCUGUGGAAACCUUCACCGGCGCAGCAGAUCUCCGAGAAAGCUCCAAAAUCUGAGGCAACGACAUCUGCAGAACUCGUGCAGGAACUUUCGAAGACGAAGAGAGUCCGGAUUACAGCAGAAGAAGUUGUUCUAGAAGACGAAAGCAAACCCAAAAAGAAGAAAAAAGCCAUGAAAAUUAAAAAAGACAAAUAAUCAAAUAAUAAAAUGUGUUUUUGUGUACCCACUGUUCCUUUCUUUACUCUCAUGGAAGAAUGGUUUGUUACAGUGAAAGUAUUGUGGAAGUUGUAUAAAGUUUGUGUUGUGAUUUUAUUUUACACAGAGACUGUAGAGCAUGGCUGCUGAAUGAACUUCAGUUUCUUUCACUGACAAGCAGGUUUAAUUAACAAUGGCAGAUUGGAUAUUUUGACCAAGUUUUCUUGUGUUGUGUCUGAUUAAAUGUAAUAAUGCACAGAUGUUGAAAAGCAUCCCAGAUGAACUGGAUUUUGCAAACAAUUCAGUGUUAAAGUUUAUAUUAAUAAUACAAAUAGACGACCCUGCAAAAUUUUUUUAAGGCAUUGCAUUUGCAGUAUAGAUCAAAGAUAAAGCUUGUCUCAGUGGAUGAGGCUGAAAUUCUUUAUUUUGUCACUCUUGAUGAAAUAUCGUUUAGCAGCUCUAGUUUUCCUCAGUAGUAAACACAUUUAACAAAACAUUUUUAAAAUUACAAUGACAAUACUAAGCAAAAAUUAAAAUGAGCUUAUGUACAUAUUU